AUCGUUUGACGUUUUCUUGAUCAAAGCGAUACUCCUGGCCCAAUUGUUCUUAAAGACUGAUCCUGAAGCCAACAUGACGACCAAAGCGCAGAGCAUCGAAGCAGAAGCGAAACACCUGGCGAAUGGCCAAGUGAAAGUGAAUAACUGGUCAAGCCCAGGCGUGGCCGCUUUCGACUUCCGCAGCGACAUCGUCACCACGCCCACCACACGCAUGCUCGAUGCCAUUGCAAGCACCACGCUCCUCGACGAUGUCUUCCAAGAAGACCCCACAACCAUCAACCUCGAGACCUUCAUCGCCGACUUGACAGGCAAGGAAGCCGCCCUGCUCGUCCUGAGCGGCACAAUGGGCAACCAAGUCGCCAUCCGCGCCCAUUUGAACGCACCCCCUCACAGCGUGGUGUGCGACUAUCGCUCGCACAUCUACUGCCACGAAGCAGGCGGCGUGUCGAGUUUGUGCGGCGCGGUGAUGCGCGUCGUCCGCCCUAGCAAUGGGAAGUACAUGACGCUCGAAGACGUGCAGAAGGAGACGGUGAUGAGCGAUGAUGUGCAUACGUGUCCGACUAAGCUUAUUUCGUUGGAGAACACGCUGAAUGGCAUUGUGACGCCUCUGGAAGAGUGUCGCCGGAUAAGCAAGUGGGCUCGCGAACACAAUCUCAUUAUGCAUUUGGACGGCGCGAGGCUGUGGGAGGCCGUGGCUGCCGGAGCGGGGAGUUUGAAGGAGUACAGCGAUUGCUUCGACAGCAUGUCUCUUUGCUUUUCGAAAGGGCUGGGAGCACCGAUUGGGAGUAUCAUCGUUGGAACCAAAGCGUUUAUCCAGCGCUCACGAUGGGUCCGAAAGACUAUCGGCGGAGGUCUGAGGCAGGCAGGCGUAGUCACCGCCGCCGCACGAGUGAGUGUAGAAGACACCUUCCUCGGGGGAAAGCUAGCGGCGACGCACGAACGAGCGCGGCAGAUUGCGAAGCUGUGGGAGGGGUAUGGAGGCAAGACUGCGAACCCGGUGGAGACGAAUAUGGUGUGGUUCGACCUCGAGGCGGCGGGUGUGUCGGUGGAGAAGUUUAUUGAACUUGGGGAGAAGGCGGGGUUGAGACUGCGAGGUGGACGGCUGGUGGUGCAUUAUCAAAUUGGAGACGAGGCAGUGCGAAGGCUCGAGAGCGUCAUGCAAGCCAUUUUCAAGGGGAAGCAGCUCAACGGUGAUGUUGUGCACGGCGCGGAGAAGUUACAGGAGAUGAACGUGGUGCGGUGAUGUGAAUCAGUCGAAACGACUCAUAGAUAUAGAAACAUGC